AUGUGCCGUUGGUUCGCCUACAUCUCCCCCGCGGAGCCCACUCUACUGGCCGACGUUCUCCUCCUGCCAGCCAACGCAAUCACGAAGCAAUGCUCAGAACACUACCUGCCGUAUCUCCUCCCCCACGGCGAGGAGAAGGAGCUCGACGACGUACAGUCGAACAACCUCCUCCGCCUGAGGAACAGUCUGCUGAACAUGGACGGCCUCGGCAUAGCAUGGUACACCACCGCCGCGGCAGCCUACACGGCGGGAAAGGAGGGUCUGCGCCCGGCCGUCUACAAGUCGGCCAGCCCGCCCACAAACGACUUCAACCUCCGCAGUCUGUGCGAGAACACCGAGUCGAGGUGUCUGUUCGCGCAUAUUCGCGCGACUAGCGGAUCGCUGGUCACGCCGGCGAACAACCACCCCUUUGUGUUCGGGCGCCACAUUUUCAUGCACAACGGCGUGGUGUCCGACUUUACGCGCGUUCGCCGCGAGAUGAUGGGCUUGAUGGCCUUCGAUGCGUAUGCGGACGUCAAGGGCAACACCGACUCGGAGCACGCGGCGGCGCUGUACAUGACGUUCCUGUGCGGCCCGCACGUCGACAGGGAAUACUGGGAGAGCAGGUACCCACUCGAGAUAAUGCAAUGGGCCCUGCAAGAGACCGUAAUCGCCAUCAUGAAGCUGCAGAAGCAGAUACUCGGCAACGCAGCAUCCGCCAACAGCCUCAACUUCUGCGUCACAGACGGGCAGAAACUGGUCGCCUGCCGCUUCCGCAAUCAUGCCUCCGAACAGCCGCCGAGUCUGUACUGGAGCGAGUUCGCCGGACGGAUGCUGAAUAGGAAGUAUCCCGGUGAUCCAGACGGGGUGAAGACCGACCCCGAACCGGCCGAGCAGGGCGAGAAGAUUGGGAAACACACGAUCGUCGCUAGUGAGCCUACCACAUACGACGAGAAGGAGUGGCAUUUGAUUGGGAGGAACUGCAUGCUUCUUGUUGACGAGCAGGGCGUUGAGACGGAAGUUCCAUUGGAGUACAGCGCUGACUUGAACGGCAAGCAAUGA